AUGAACGGAUCCUUUUGUGCAGUCAUUCUGCAGUAUGCCUUCUCUAAUUCAGACUUGAAAGAACUGCGGACAACUUUCAUCGCAAACUGUGUUUUCAAUAAUUUCCUUAGUUAUACCGCUAUCAUGUUAAACAUUAUUACAAUGUACGCGAUACGCAGAACGUCAUCUUUGCCAAAGACUCUGAAAACAUUGUUGCUUAGUCUUGCUUUUUCUGACGUUGGAGUCGGUUUAUUUGUUCAACCUUUAUAUACUUUCUCUCUGGUCAAAUGGUUGAAACUGGACCGUCCAAGCUGCAACACUUACCAUGUGUGGAAUAUUUCAAGCAAUUUAUUUUCAGCUGCUUCGUUCCUUGGCGUUGUAGCUGUAAGUGUCGACAGAGUUUUAGCCGUUCAUCUUCAUCUCAGAUAUCAGGAGCUUGUGACUCACAAACGUGCUGUUACUGUGGUGAUCUCUAUAUGGGUGUUCAGUGCAUUUAUUUCUUUAUUGGUAUUGUGGAGUUCCUCCGCAACUCAGAAUCUUGUUCUUUUAGUUAUUGCAGCUACUGGCUUUAUUGUCUCCUUUGUGGUGUGCACCAGGAUAUAUUUAACUGUCCGACGCCACAAGAAACAGAUUCAGUCCAUGCAGAUACAAGAAAUUGUUCAGGCUCGUGAAAAGGCAAAUUUUACCGCGCUUAUUAAAUCUACAGUUGGUUUAUUUUACGUAUAUCUCGUAUUUUUAAUUUCGUAUUUGCCUUUUUUCAUUUGCAUUGCUGUUGUUAGAAUCUAUGGCUCGAGUAUCGCUUUCCGGAAAGUUUUUAUUUUCUCAUGGACUCUGAUCUUUCUUAAUUCAUCUUUGAACCCUGUCAUUUACUGCUGGAAGAUGAGACACAUUCGACGAGUUAUCAUAGAAAUACUUGGAAACUUGUCUUGGAGCAGAAGUAAGCCAUCUCGUUUACACUACAAUCGGUCUUCAAGGGUUGUCCAUGUUGAAAACUGA